AUGUCGGCGCUGCUGAGGCUGUGCCGGCUCGCGGGGCUGCAGCAGCAGAAGCGAUGGGCGGAUGCGAUCACGUACUACAAGCGCGUGCUCGCCGUCUCUCCAAACCCGCCAAACUUCCAAAAGUACAUUGCGGAGCACUACUACCACCUCGCCCUCGCCGCCGUGCCCAAUAAGCCGCCGACGGACCACGCGCACAUCAACCUGGCGACGCUCUACACAAAGACACACCGGCCGGCGGAGGCGGCGCAUGCGCCUUGCUUCUAA